AGAAAAACAAGGCUGUACCUGCUGAAGUCAGUCAUAAAGCUGAAGUCGGUGAUGUCUUCGAGAACAAAGGGAUGGUGCUGCUUCAACCACUCCUGCAACGACCUGGUUGUCGACUUCUCCAGGAAAGCUGAAGUUGCUGAGCUCUGAGUCAUCUAGACAUCCGCCAUGUUUAGAGUCGCAACAGUUUUCACAGUCGCCUUCCUGCUCUCCCAAGUGCCUUCCUACACCUCGGGUGUGUUUGAGAGGGAAGUGACCACAUUACUACAAGAUAAACUUAAGGACCACCAUCCCUACACCAUCCCUACCAUUCCCGCCCUUAACGCCAGUACAUAUUUUAUCAGUUUAUUGUUCAGCGCCAACAACACUAUAUUGACCGGCUUCGACAAGGCUUAUAUAACUAAGUUUGUGCCUCCAUUACCCCUCAUCUCUGACGCUGUGAAGAUAGAAGGGAUGAUAGAGAAUAUGCACUUUUACACUGAAGACUACUCACUCCAUGGCAUGUACAGAGGAUAUCACAUGUCUGCCUCAGGCAGGGCAGACUUGACAAUGGAGAAGUUCACUAUCAAAGUGUUCUUCCGGGCAGCCAAGUACACACUCUUACCUAUGUCAUUCUGUAUUAAGACUAAUUCUCUCGUCUUGAAACUGGAUGUUGAUUCCAUCACUUGUAACCUGCAGGGAGCCCCGCUUGUGAGUGCCAUCAUCAGUGCCAAUGAAGGCACCUUUAUGCACUUGGCAGAAGAGAGAGUCAAUGAGAACACUCGUGCCAUGGAAGCAGCCAUCAACUCUGUCACUUGCAGAACCUGAGUUGAGAUUGAUUCUUUUAAUCAAUGCAUACACAAAAUAUACAUUAAUACACAGUAUUCCCUUCAAUGAUGUUAUUUGUCUAAAUAAA